CCGGCGCGGCUCGGCCGCGGAAGGAGAACGCGAAGGAGGAGGAAAAGGAGGAGGGAAAGCAGAAGGAGGCGGCCGCUCUCUCUGCCUCCCUCCCUCCCUCCUUCCUUCCCUCCUUCCUUCCCUCCCUCCCUCUCCGGCGGGACAAAGGGCUGCGGCUCGCAGGAGCCAUGGGCCGGUAGGAGCAUCCCGGAGGGACGCGGCGCUGGACAUGGAGCCGGCGGCGCGGGCGAGCGGGGACAUCCUGAGGCGGAACCCGCAGCAGGACUACGAGCUGAUCCAGCGGGUCGGCAGCGGCACCUACGGCGACGUGUACAAGGCUAGAAAUCUUCACACAGGAGAACUGGCUGCUGUAAAAAUAAUCAAGUUAGAGCCUGGAGACGACUUUUCACUGAUCCAGCAAGAAAUAUAUAUGGUCAAGGAGUGCAAGCAUUGCAACAUAGUCGCCUAUUUCGGGAGCUAUCUCAGCCGGGAGAAGCUGUGGAUAUGCAUGGAAUACUGCGGUGGGGGAUCUCUCCAGGAUAUUUACCACGUGACAGGACCUCUGUCAGAGUUACAAAUUGCAUAUGUGUGCAGAGAAACUUUACAGGGUCUUGCUUAUUUGCAUAUGAAGGGCAAAAUGCACAGGGACAUAAAGGGUGCAAAUAUUCUCCUGACAGACCACGGGGAUGUCAAAUUAGCUGACUUCGGGGUAGCAGCAAAAAUAACAGCCACCAUUGCGAAGAGGAAAUCCUUUAUUGGCACCCCUUACUGGAUGGCCCCCGAGGUGGCUGCAGUGGAGAAGAACGGUGGCUACAACCAGCUGUGCGACAUCUGGGCCGUGGGGAUAACGGCCAUCGAGCUGGCAGAGCUCCAGCCACCCAUGUUCGACCUGCACCCCAUGAGGGCUCUGUUUUUAAUGUCAAAAAGUAAUUUUCAACCGCCAAAGCUAAAGGAAAAAGCAAAAUGGUCGGCAACAUUCCAUAAUUUUGUCAAAAUAGCACUUACAAAAAAUCCAAAGAAGAGGCCAACAGCGGACAGACUCCUCUCUCACAGCUUUGUGGGGCAGCCUGGCCUGUCCAGGUCUUUGGCAGUCGAGCUGCUGGACAAGGUCAACAAUCCCGACAACCACACGCACUACGGCGAAGUGGACGACGAUGAUUUUGAGCCUCACUCCGUUAUCCGCCACACCAUCCGCUCCACCAACAGGAACAUCAGGGCAGAGAGAACAGCAUCAGAGAUAAACUUCGAUAAGCUGCAGUUUGAGCCCCCUCUUCGGAAAGAAACAGAAGCUCGGGAUGAAAUGGUUGUGGCAGCUGGCAGCGACUUUGCUUCACACUGGAACCCUUUUGUUGAUGGUGGAAGCAGCAAGUCGACACUAAAGCGAGCGGGGCCUCCACCGCUGCCUCCCAAGCCGAGAAUAAACAGUCAUCCCGAGGAAAACCUCCCGGAUGAUGAGAGAUGCCAGACAAUAAAACAUUUCCCAGACUCCCAGAACAGAGCCCCAGCAGCCCACAGGAGACAGAGCAUCCCAGUUUGUGGCCCCCAGGCUGAUUCCAGCCCCAUUGGAAUGACCAGCAGCAUCAGCAGCCCCGGAUUGCUCACAGCCAGAUACAGCGACCUGGGCAACGGGAACGGGAUGCUGAAACUCAUCGAGGAAAACGCGGAAGGACCCGGACAAAUCCCUCAGCUCCCACGGAAAAAGGAGAAAAGAGAUUUCCCUAAACCAGCCAUCAAUGGUUUGCCUCCGACUCCGAAGGUGCUGAUGGGAGCAUGUUUUUCCAAGGUCUUUGAUGGUUGUCCUUUGAAGAUCAAUUGUGCAACAUCCUGGAUACAUCCAGAUACUAAAGACCAGUACAUCAUCUUUGGCACAGAAGAAGGGAUCUAUACUUUGAAUUUGAAUGAACUCCACGAGGCAACGAUGGAACAGUUAUUUCCCCGAAAAUGCACCUGGCUGUACGUUAUCAACAACACCCUGAUGUCCUUGUCAGAAGGGAAAACCUUCCAGCUCUACUCCCAUAAUUUAAUAGCUUUGUUUGAACAAGCCAAAAAAACGGGAUUAGCUGCUCAUAUCCAAACCCACAGAUUUCCUGACAAAAUACUGCCCAGGAAGUUUGCCCUAACGACCAAGAUCCCUGACACGAAAGGAUGCCACAAAUGCUGUAUAGUACGAAAUCCAUACACAGGCCAUAAGUACCUUUGUGGGGCAUUGCAGUCUGGAAUUGUUCUGCUCCAGUGGUAUGAGCCCAUGCAGAAAUUCAUGUUAAUAAAGCACUUUGAUUUCCCCCUGCCAAGCCCCCUGAACGUGUUUGAGAUGCUGGUGAUCCCGGAGCAGGAGUACCCCAUGGUGUGUGUGGCCAUCAGCAAGGGCUCCGAGCCCAACCAGGUGGUGCAGUUUGAGACAAUCAACCUCAACUCGGCGUCCUCCUGGUUCACAGAGAUCGGGGCAGGCAAUCAGCAGUUGGAUGCCAUUCACGUGACACAGCUGGAAAGGGACACUGUCCUGGUCUGCCUGGACAAAUUUGUGAAAAUAGUGAAUUUACAAGGGAAACUGAAGUCAAGCAAGAAAUUGGCCUCAGAGCUGAGCUUUGAUUUCUGCAUCGAGUCCGUGGUGUGCCUUCAGGACAGCGUGCUGGCCUUCUGGAAACAUGGAAUGCAGGGCAAGAGCUUUAAGUCAGAUGAAGUGACCCAGGAGAUAUCAGAUGAAACGAGGGUUUUCCGCUUGCUGGGGUCAGACAGAGUGGUGGUGUUGGAGAGCAGGCCCACGGAGAACCCUCAGGCUCACAGCAACCUCUACAUCCUGGCUGGACAUGAGAACAGUUACUGAGCAAGGCCCACCCGACGCAAAUAACGGAGGGAAUUUGCCCUGGGAGGAACAAAAGGAGCAUCAGGGAACUGGAAGUGGCCGUUUCUUUCCUUGCCACCGGAGCUGUGCUGGUUUUUAGGGUGGAAAUCAAUCCAUUUUUUGCAGCUGGGAACAGCUGGUUCUGUCUCUUGCCACUGUGUGGUUGGUUAUAUGGAGUUUGCUUAAUAAAAGCUGAGAUAAAGAGCCCUUUACUCAUUAGUUGUAGGGAAACAGAGCCUUGAAACGUGUUAUGCAGUAAAGGUGCCAUAAACUGUUAAAUAUUUUUCUUCCCUUGGAUUUUCCUGUUAGUCCUGUAGAUACAGAUCUAGUGCUGGCUGUUGCCCCUGUUUUAUACUGAGUCUUAUUCUUAAUAAAACAAAGAUUUGUGUAGGAAGUGGAAGUAUCUGCAAAGCUUUUCGGUUUGAAAUCUGCCAUUGGGUAUGGCUUUGUAUAAUAGACUAUUUAAUCCUUAUUUAUUAAUCUGCUGCUAGGAUGAGGGUAAUGUCUCUAACUUUUAGCAAAGGAAGGUUGCAGAGCAGCUUACAAUUUUUUGUUUGUUUGUUUUUUUACAAUUGUAUAAAGAUUUGAUUAUUCCUUUUUCCUUGUAGGGAUGUAGCUCAUUACUGAGGGGGUGUUGUUACCGUGUUGGGUGAUCUUGUUUAAAAAAAAAAAAAAAAGAAAGAAAAAAAAGAGAAAACCCCGCAGUUUUUGUACAACAAAGUAUUUUGUACUGAUUUUUCUGCCUGCAGAAUCACCAUAAAAGGGAUUUUUUUCUUACUUCCUAGGCCUAGGGGGUGUGUACACAAAGUAGAAUAUUGAUAUCAGACUCGUUGCUCCUGGUGUGUGUGUGUCUGUGUGUGUGUGUGUGUUGACUGGCAGUGUGUAUUUUUUUUAUAUAUAUAUAUAUUUAUAUAUAUAUAUAAAUGUACAAAAUAUAUAUGUGCUUUAUUUUCAUAAAUUAGGGAUAAGUCUUGUGAGGUGACGUGGAAAUUGUACCUGGUCACCAUCCUUAAUGAAUGAAAGUAUCAUGUAUCCGACUGCCCAUGACGUGUGGUUUGUUUAUGCUAUUCCAGAGGGGAGCCCGUUGGGAUAACUGAGGCUGUGCAGCAUUCCAGGCAGUGGUUUGGGAAGGGUUUUUUUUCCCCUGCUGGGUAGUAUAAAUAAACAUGAUAAGAACCAGUAUUCUGUAUCCAAGCUUCGAUCACUUUUUCCCUCUUUUGUCACCUGCGGUUUUUUAACUUUCCCUUUUCCUUCCUCCACUAGAAGAGUCACGGCGGUUCCUUUUGUCUUCCUCAUUAAUUAAAAUCCUUGAGGUACCAUUAAAUAUAGACUGACUACAGGAGAGCAUCUGGUUUUACUACCUCACAUUACCCUGCUGGCUUUGAUGUGAACACAGUCCGUGGGCAGGUGCAGCAGCAGCUCAUAAACAUGUAAAUUGAAGGGCUGGUUUUUGUUUUAAUGAAAUGCUGCAGCAAACAACUUGCUGCCUGUUGAGCUCCAGAGAUCUGCUCCCCGGGAAGGGCAGGCUGGAAUUUCACAGGUCGUUUUAAGAGAGCAGGAAAGGUGUGUGACAGCUUGGAGUGGUUUGGAUUGUCUGUGUUGGCAUCGGGCUACGUGAUCCAUAAUUUAACAUUGGGGGGAUUGUCUUGGCUCGGUGAUGUUUUCUUGUUACUGGAGACAGCUGGAAGGUUUGUGUUUGGCAGGGCUGGAAGGGAAAACAGCCCUGCACACAUUUAGCAUUUUUAGCCACUGUCAUUCAAAACUAAUUCUUGCUUGACUUGACGUCAAGUCAAGCUUUUUAGUUCUGACACCGUGUCAAAGCUUCAGAAAUAGUGUACAGAUAAAACUUUGAAAUCACACCACAGAGUAUGGAAAAUGUGGUUUAGGGGUGGUCAGCUGGAAUUGGAUCAGCACUGUUAAAAGCAGGAGGUGUAAUUUUUGUGUGUUAAAGAAGUGCAGUUCUCUAGUACUGAAAUUACUUCACAGGUAACAGUGACUGGUGAUUAACCUCAAAUGGUCUACAGAGACCUUGAAACAAAAAUUAAGACAAAGUGAAGCACCAGGUGUAGAUAUUGUAGAGCAAACAGUUUUUAAUUUACCUCAUUCACUGCAGAAGGUAAUUUUGGCUUCAUCUUUGAAAACAACUUAAAGGAGAUCUCUAAAAGACUAGAGAAACCUGUAAAUAAAAUCUGAAUAUUUAUGGGGAAUAACUGGAGUAAAUAACUCUUAGGUCAUGACACUGUCAUGCAGAAAUAACGAGCUGAAAGUAUUUUUCUUUGAAUGACACAAAUGGCUUUGGUUUGCUGGAUCAUAAUAAACUUAGGAAAAGUCCUUGUUUAAUCACAUUUUUUUAGCUGUUGAAGCAUUUCUAAUGGCAUGUUGAGGAAAUGCUUUGUGCUGGUUUUACAGACAGUGGCAUUUUUGGCAUGAUCUUCCCAGUGCAAAACCUCACUUGUACUCCCUAUCCCACGAGGGAUUGGUGAGCUCCACAGCCAACCCAGCCAGUCUUGGUGACUCUGAUUAGUAGAAUUUGCAUUGGACUGUCUAAUUUAGUCUGUUAUUGUCUGUAUCUUUGUUUUUUGUGACAUUUCAACCAGGGUUGGGAAAGCCUGGUGUGUGGGGGAGGGAGGGAAUUGGAGGUUUACGAAGCAAAAACUCGCCCAGCCCCCCUCGUUACUGGAUGCACCAGGUCAUGUAUCCGACUUGAAAGCCUUAAAACAGGCUCCCAGUGCUCUUGGAAGUGCAAACACUAUGUGAAGAGCCAGCAGCCUGUGGAUUGAUCUCUCUGGAUUUCCUAACCGAAUUCCUUGUGACCGAGAAACACACCUGGAAUUGUGCUGCCAUCUCUUUGGAGACGAAAGGUACAACGCAUCAGUGAGCCACGGUGUCUCUGGGUGGAAAGGACAAGACUGGGAGACUCUGAAAAGUGCUUUUUUUUUUUUUUUUUAAUCUCGUUUAGUCGUUAGGUGUAACUGAGACUCUUUAACUGCACUCGUUCAGUUUGUGUAACCAGGCUUUGUUCCACGGGAAUUUCUAUUGCAGUUCAGUCUAUGCCAAAUAAACUGCUUUAUUUGAUACCGA